CCAUUUGACCUCCUGAAACGUCAAAAAUUGUAAAUAAGAUGCUCUAAUUAUUAAUAAUUUCUGUAAAUACCCAAAAAAGACAGGAAUAUUUAACCAGAAUAAUCACAGUAUUUACCGGCGGUAUUUAUUAAUGUGUAAAUAAAAUGAGUUGGUUCGAUGCAACUGGUUUCGCUAGCAUUGCGAAGUCUGCCUUGAAGGGGGCUCAGCGUCACAUCGACAAAGCCUUGGACAUUAGGGACGAUGCGGUUACGACGGCACCGUUAAAUACGCCCGUAGACACCAAUUCGGACGACUUUUUUACAUCGUGGGGCAUAUCACAGUCGGGGAACAUUCAGGAGAAGGAGGAGGACGCGGAGAUUGUAACUAAGAGUCCUAGCAAAUCGAAGGUGGGAAGCAGUAUUUGGGGGUCGUUUACCGGAUCGUUCUUCGAUCAAGGGAGGGAGAGUAAACUGUACGGAUCGGUCGAGAGUCUGGACGACCUGGCGGAUUACAGCAACGACGGUUUCAGUCAAAGUAAAUUGGUCGUGCAACACAGCGACGAUGGCGAGGGGGGCGGUUAUUCGCACGAUGAAACGAAAACCGGAAUAUUGGUCGAGCUAAGUGCCGUAUCGGAUGAGCGACGAGCUUCCGUGGGGUCGAAAGUACAACCUUCCAAUCGGCUGUCGUUCAUAAGCGAGAGUGGCAAGACCAGUUCCGAAAGUGUCGAAAUUGUGAGCGGGGGGACCGGCUGUACGACAUCGCCCGAGUCCGAUUUGCAGUCGGUAGGCAAGUCAGUUUCGGCAUCGAGUUCCGGGUUAAAAUUUUCCGAUUCGGUCGAGGUGAUCGGGGACAGUUUGACUAGUCCAAGCUCCGUGGAGGUUAUUCCUACGGAGAGCGAGUUUAAUUAUACGGACGAAUUCGUGUCGCCUCUAGCAUCGCCGAUCGGCGACAAUAAAUUAACACCGGAUAGCGUCGAAGUUAUUCCGGAUGUAGACGAUAAUAGCCUAGCCGAGGACUCGAUUUCGUACGCGUCUUUCUCAGAGAGUACCUCGAAUACUUUACUAGAGCCUUCAGCUUUAAGUGUCAAAUUACCGAAAGUAUUAAAUGAGCCGAUAACGAGAGGACCGAGUAGGAGCGCGAUGCACCUCUCAUUGGUGCAGAUUAAUUCGCAAUUAAUUGACACGCAACCGGCAGUCGAAAGCUCUAACAUCAUCGAUAUUCCUCAAGAUCGGGUGUUAUACGAGAUACCGGCAGAUGACGAAGGCUCACAAUCGGACCGAACCAUAAUUGCGAGCGACAAUGUCAUGGAAAGCAGUAGCGAUACCAGUACAACGGAGGGUAACGCAAACUCCUUCUACCUAAAAAAUAUGUUGGCCGACGCGAUGACCGAAAAAAUACCCGAUCCCACCAUCAAACCCGAAGAGAUUCCGGUUCCCCAACCCGAAGCGCUUCCCCGCGAGAAUUCCCCGUUGAGUUCCGAAAGCAGAUCCGACCUUGUCAAGAUCGGCUCAGAUCAGGCAUCCGGCCACACUUCCGGCGACGAGAACGAAACGACCACAUCUUCGGACAUCGAGAUCAUUUCCAGUCCGAACGGCGACUCGAGCAGCACGCAGAGCAGACACAGUCCCGCCAAACUGUCAUCGGUCCGACACAAAAUGGGCGACGCCAACGUCGACGUUCUGCUCGGGAAAAUGACGUAUAAAAAGAUUAAGGGGCACAAUCGAGAGUUAUCGGAGGCGUCGAGCGUUAGCGAUGAUUCGCAUUCGUCAGAGAUCGACAGGUUGAUCAAACGGAUUUCGGAGAUGACCGAAAUUUUGGAAUUGCGAGAGGCGAAAUUGAUCGAUUUUAACAGACGAAACGCGGAACUGCAAGAGAUUAAUAACGACCUGCAACAUCAAUUAGACAUAAUUUUGACCAAGCAAGUAGAUUCCGUCGACAUUUCGCAAGUAACGGAAGAGUAUACUCAGAGACUGUCCGCGCUUGAAAAGAAAUUCCAGCAGGCGAUUAGAGACAAGGAUAUCCUGAGGAAGCAAUUGGAGGAGAGCAAACAGGAAGCGGCCACGCGAAUGAGCAAGGCCGAGCUGGAAUCGUUACUGCUCGACAAAGACGAGGUAAUCAAAGAGCUGCGAGGGGAAGGGGAGAAGUUAUCCAAGCAACAGCUGCACCACUCCAAUAUUAUUAAGAAGCUAAGAGCCAAAGAAAAGGAGCAGGAAACGACGAUCAAGAAUUUAAGGGACAAUGUGGAGGAUUUAACGUCGGAAACCGAUCGGCUGAAGCGCUCGCUCGUCGCGAAGGAGGAGGUGGAACGUUCGCAAAUUGAGGCGGUCCAUCAGCUCACCUCCAAGAACAAGAAGUUGGAGUACGAGGUCGCCCAACUCCAAGGUCAGCACGACGACAUCUCGCAAAAGUUCGACACGGUCAAGACAUCGCUGGACGCCGCGAAAAAGGAGCUAAUCGAUAAGAAUAAGGCGACCUCCGAGCUGUACGCGCGCGAGCAGAUGCUUCAGAGUUUGGAGAACGAGAAGCGCAUGACCGAAUCGCAAAACGAAGAGAUUAUUAAUCAACUGGAGGACUUGCGGGGCAAACUCAGACAAGCCGACGAUGAGUACCUGAAGAAGGAGCAGGUUUUGAGGCGGGAAAACGGCGAACUCCUCCGCCGGCUCGAAGACGCCGAAAGGCGCAACGAGGAACUAACCCACUCGGGCUUGGACGUUACGAAACCGAUCAUUCGGCAGUUGGAGGCGCUGCAGGCGACUCACAAUUCCAAGCUGAUGGCCUUCGAGAAAGUGGAACAGUCGCUCUGUUUAAAAAUCAAUGAAAUGCAGAGCAAGCUUCAGUCGACUGCAGACGCGGAGCGGGCGGCGCGCGAGGAGUGUUUGAAUACGCGAUCGAAGCUGUCGAGUCUCGAGACCCAACUUAACGCGGUCGUGCGGCAGAGCGAGAUGUUGAAGAUUGACGUCGAGCAGGAGAGGACGGUGAAAAUGAUGCUCGAGCAGGAUUAUAGGGGGCAAGUGAGCGCGUUACAGGAACGAGUAACCGAAGGGAUGACUGCGAUCGAGUCAUUGCGAAAGGAAGUUACGGGGUUAGAGCAACAGCUGUCGAUAGAACGGGCGGCGAACGAGGCUGAGAAACGAAAAAAUAUGAGUUUACAGGAUCAACUGCGUGAUCGACCAGAACCGUCGCCCGGUUACAGCAAAUCAUCACCUAACACAACGCGGAACACCUCGCCUACGAUGAGCGUCGGUCGUCUAUCGCUCUCGGAAUCGUUAGGCAGCGUCGUCUGGCCAGGGGAGGAUCUUCCCGAUCUAUCGCCCGCCCCCCGAUUCACGAACAUGUUCGAGCUCCAAAUGCUCCAGACAAAUCUGAAGCAAAAGGAGGGCGAGGUCCAGCAACUGCAGUGGGAACUGAACAGGCGAGAGCAGGAGAAGAAUUUGUUAAGCGGCGAGUUGAGCAAGGUGCUGGGACGCGUCGAGCAAUUGGAGGAGAUGUCCGGCAAGUACGAGCAUCUCAAGACCGAAUUCGUCGAGGUGCAACAGCAGUACGAUACACUGUGCCAAUUGUACGGCGAGAAGGUGGAGGAAACGGAGGAGUUAAAAUUGGAUUUGUUAGACGUUAAAGAAUUGUACAAGGCGCAGUUAGACGAACUACUCGAGCAACAAAAGAAUAGCGCCAGUUAAUGAUUUUAUUGGUAACGCCGAAGUACUUCAAACAAUUGGUAGAGUGCUGUAUAUAAAAACCUUUCUGCUGUGAUAUAUUGAACGUUAUUGCUGUAUAAAAUUAUUUCACGUCUAAUGUAUAGGGUCAAUCUGUAGAUGUAGGGCUAUUUGUUGAUUUUAUAACUUCUGCAUAAACUUUUAUUGUUUA